AUGGACGUUGACAUACCUCCUGCUGCAAGCACGUCUAGCACAGCGAGUGAUCCUCGACGCAAUCAAGGUCUUCAACGUGUGCAAGCAAAACCCCCACCUCCACCUCGCCUGACCAUGCCUUCAAAUGCCCCAUCGGCUCCCUCUUACACUCCUUCGACCCCAUCCGCGUUGCCAUCCCAGCCAACUUCGCCACGUCUUGCGCAUUCGCAAUCACUGCGGACAGAGGGAAUCUCUAAUAAUUUGAUAGCUCUUGCAAAUGGAUCUAAGGGCCCCAAAGGUCAAGAUGCGGUCACCACAGAUGCGAAUAGCUUCAUCCAAGCCUUGUUUAAGUUGACAGAACUGCAGUUCGAAACGCUAUCGCAACGAAAGGAAGUCCAGCAACGGAUCCAGAAUCGCUCUCAAAAUCAAUGUAUUGCCGAUUUUGGGGACAGAUAUAAAUCCGAUUUUAUUACGACUGUUCCGUAUCACAAUCAAAUGCAGAAAAAAGAGAAGAAAAAGGACAAUGAGACCAAACGGCUUGAAGAAUUGCUGCACCAGCACGACAAGGACCUUAAAAAUCAGCAUCUAGAAUUUUACACUCACUUUGCGAAUCAUCAAGGCCUUUUUGCCCCAUCAUGUGUAACAAACUCUCCACGCUCUGGAAAUACUGGACUUUCUCAACUCGAAAAUAAGAAGAUUGAUGAGCUGGAAGCUGAAGUCAAGGGUUUAAAAGAAGCAAAAGAGGCCAUCUCUCAACUUCAAUCUCAAAAGCAUAGGAUAUCUCAGCUGGAAGCCCAGGUCAAAGAGCUUAAAGCAUCCCAACAGGCACCUCCCAGCGUUCAGACCGAAAAGAACCGAAUAUCUCAGCUGGAAGCCCAGGUCAAAGAGCUUCAGACCUCCAAUCCGGUGACCCCUGGCACUCAGUCCGAAAGGAAUUUCUUUUCCAAGAUGGAAAAGUCGCUCAAUGAUCAUAAAGUCUAUACAAAGAAAGAAAUUGAGAAAACCCACUCGUCAUUCAAGAUGCACUCCGAGAAAAUUCAAAUCUUCCAAGACCAUAAGCAUGGUAUUGAAACCUGGAAGCAGAGCAUUGAGGAAGGGACGGUGUCUCUGCCCUUGGCAGUCAUGCCCCAAGACUUGUCAAACUUAGCGCGAGAUGUGAAGGAGGCCCAAUUGAAAGCCAACGAAGCAUAUGCAAGGGCGACAAGCCUCCACGAGAAAAUCCCCCAAAUGUUACAGAAUUUUGAAACCUCUCUAUCGACUCAUUCACAACAUUACAACCAGCUGGAGAGUCUCUUGGAUGAGAUGUCAUCGGUGAAAUUUCCGCACUUCGAGGAACGUCUCGGGCGCCUUGAGCAAUACCAUCAUGCUUGUCUGAGCAACGCAGCAGAUAUUCGCCGACUGAGAGCCAGCAUCGACGAAUCCAAUAACGCAUACGGAAGUCUCAAAAGCCAGAUAGACAACAGACACGGGGAACAUGUGAACGAACAGCUUGGAUCUUCAACGAAUGUUCCGCAAUCGCUUUUGCACAAAGUCGAUUGCAUCCAAGUGGCAAUUCACUCGCUAGAACGUCGAUAUAACAACAUCAACACAGAAGACCUCUACAAGAAGAUAGCUCGGGCCGUGAUGGAGACAUCCUUUUACCAAGCAAUAAAGGAUGUCCAAACUUUCAAAUCUACUGUUAGCAAUGAAAUUCAAUUCCUCAACGCUCGGAUGGAGCAGCUCGAUGCUCCCGCCAUUUCUCGUGAAAUCACAGGCAAAGUCAACGAUUCUAUCAAUCACCAAUUCGCUGAUUUCAAGCGGGCGCAAGAAUCUCAAUCAGAGAGCCUCACCAAGCAGCUAGAAGAUCUCCACGAAUUGAAAAGUAAACUUCAUGCGCAGUCGACAGCCUUUGAACAAUUUGUGGAGGACUACGAUUAUGAUAAAUUAAAGCUCAGUGAAAACAAUGGAGAAAUCUCUGAAGAACGCUCCGUCGAGCUUGACAAAAUCAAUCAGGAGUUCAAUGAACGAAUUAAGAGCCAGGAUUCCCGAUUUCAAGAACUGCAGUCUUCUGUCAAAACUUGGACUGAAAGACUAGCUGCUCUAGAGCCCGUGGAGCAAAUCCAGAGAAAAUUGGACGCUCUGGGCUCGGCAGAAGACAUAGAGUCGCUGCGCAAGCAAAUGCAAGAGAAGCAUGAUUUCGUUGAACGUAUGCAAGCUCUAAAUGACGAUAUUACCAACUUGUUUGGUGAACUUGACAGUCUCAGAAAAGUCACGGCCAAAGGCACUUCAAAACCACCGUCUGUGAACCCUGUGGUCGGUGGUCUACUCACUGGUACCGGAAACACUUCAGACAGAAUCGGCCCGUCUUCGAGUCUCCCUGUCCCAGGAGAUCGACCACACGUACGGUCUCCGUUGCGAGAGAUACACGCUAGUGAAACUACAACCGAAGGUCCUUCAGACCUAACCUCGUCAAUGAACGCCCCGCCUAAUGUCGAACGGAACUCGACUGAAAUCAGUGCAUCUGGUAAACGAGACAAAAGCCAGCCAGGUUCGCUAGAGGUGACUGACGGCGAAGCGUCAAACCCGGGAUUGCAAAUCAAAGGUCUCUCUAACUCAACUCCGAAAUCGAGCAAAAAGCGCCGCAGACACGCCACCAUCAUAAUUUCAGAUGACGAAAUGCAAACCCCGGGCUCAUCCAGGAACAGCACAUCCCCUCCCCCUUCAUCUGUCCGAAUCUCCAAGAAGUUAAAAAAGGCUAAAAAAAAAGAAGCGCGUGCCAAGGCAAAGUGA